ACAAAGCAAUUCCCACAGCGAAGCUCCGACUGCCCCACCCUAGGCAGAGGCUUUUAUAGUGGGUUCCCCGAGUAUUAAGAAGCUGAAGCAGGGGACUGCCUUGGAUGACCUCCAUAGCCAUAGCUCCAGCCUGGCAGGAAACCCGGACUUGGGCCAUUCCUGCUCCCGGGCCACAGCAAAGGAUUAAGAAAGAUGGAAUUAAACGGAAAAGACUCUAGCACAGCCACAUUGGGAGGAGCCAGCGCCCAGGCUGCACGCGCAGGAGGCAGGCACCGCCCCCUCACCGGCGCACCCGCAAAGCUAACCUCCCGGCUCCAGCGAGGGAGUCACGUGACUGCGUCAGCGCCCAGGGGCGCCGGGACACACCCCCCUCGUGGCGCGCACGCGCAGCUCCGGGGCGCUGAAAUUCAAAUUUGAACGGCAGCCGGGGCCACUGCACAGGAGUGGGUGCUUACGACCCAAAGCUAAACGAGCUGAGCGCGGCCGCGGCGCCCCCUCCUCCCGAUCUCGACCCCAGCCCGGCCUACACCGCCGGAGCCCUAGGCCCACACUUACCCUUUUUCUUGGCGGCGCCGGAGCGGCGGAGUCUGCGGGCCGACUGCUGCGCUGGGCGCGAUGGACCCGUUCACCGAGAAACUGCUUGAACGCACUCGUGCCAGACGAGAGAAGCUUCAGAAAAAGAUGGCUGAGCGGCCUGAGGUGGCAGGCAGGGUCGCAGCCCACACCAAGAGACUGAGGGAACCGCUUACAGAAACCAGUAACCAGCUGCCCCCAAGAGAGGGGGAAGAAAGACCUUGUACCAAGCCAUCACCCUCAAAACGACCUUGUUCAGAGCAUGCUGAUGUGCCGGCUUCUCACCUGGCAAACAAACAGCCGGUGGCUCCUCGCUCUCCAAAACCCCUGCCUUCUCACACCUCGGCCCAGCCUCUGUCAUCUUCUGCUACUGGCACGCCCCCAGGGGAGUCCGGAUCACUGGUGAAGGAGGCAGAAAUGCCGACCGCCAAAACGGAAAUGCCUGUGGCCUCCUCUGUGAAAACUCGCAUGCAGAUACUGGUGCAGCGGCGUCGCGGUUGGGAUAGCGACGGUGACGACGGAGUCCUCGAGCCCCCGCCUCCAGCUCUGACCCCGGGCCCAGCCCCUGCUCCCCGCACAGAUGGGCCUGCGGCCACCCCGAUUGGGAGAAGGGGCCGCUUGGCCGACCUUGCUGCCACCAUUUGUUCCUGGGAAGAUGACCUCAGCCGUCCAUCUGCAAAGCCCAGCCGUGGCCAAGAGCAGCCUGGCACAGCUUGUCUGUCCCCCGUUUCCUCCUCUGCGGGAGCAGCUGCUCGCAUCAAUAGCAGCACUGUUGGCCAGAGAGCGCCCGGCUGCUCCCGCCUGGAGUCAGGGGCCGCGGCGGCCGGCUCGGCGGCCGCCUCGGGGGAGGCCUCUCAGAGCUGGGUGGCAGCGGCUUGCGGUAGCCCUCAGAAAGCUACUCCUUCCUCAGUGAAAUCCUGCACGACGCCCCCAAGCAGCCCCACCCGAGGAAAGGGGCAGGAUGCGGGUUUGCUUCCUGAAACCCCUGCUAGCCAGACCCUGCAGAGCGAGCUUGUGAAGCCUGGCUUCAGGCCCACUCCGUCCCGACCCGGGCAGUCCCGAGGAGCCCGGGGGCCUUCCCCGAAAGACCAGGCUGCGACUCCAGGGGGAGCCGGCAUUAAGCCUUUCCUGGAGCGUUUUGGAGAACGUUGCCAGGAGCACAGCAGGGUGAGCCCCGUGGUGCUGACCCCGCCUCGUGCCCCCCUCGUCACCCCCAACACGAAGGCCCUCCAGGAGAGGCUGUUGAAGCAGAAGGCAGCGCCGUCCUCCGCCACCUUUAGCCAGCAGCUCAAGCAGGAACGAGAGAAAGAACUCGCUUGUCUUCGUGGCCGUCUGGACAAGGGCAAUUUGUGGACUUCGGAGCAAGGAGAGAACGCAAGGAAUAAACAGACGGAUGCCGCAGAGGAAACCCCACGUCAGGAUGGUUUACCAGGAAAAUGCCAGCCUGAUUCUGAGAAGGAGCAGGCCGCAGGCUCUCAGACGCCCGUGAAGUCUCCCAGCAUCAAGCCUGUGGGCCUUCCUGAAAGCGAAAUGACCACAUCUAGUCCUUUGAAAAUAACUCUGUUCUUAGAGGAAAAAUCCCCGAAAGUCUCUUUGGACCCUGAGGUCGAGAAGCAGACAGAAGAGGGACGUGAUGGGGAGAAGAAUGUGGGUGAUGACGACGUCCUCAACAGCUCCAAGGUCAUCAGUGAGCUCUUUAGUGACGUCUUGGAGGAAGACAGGCUGGGCCUGGAGCCCCAGGAGAGCAGUGAGGAUGCAGACAGCCUCGAUGAGCCAGGGGAGGCCCUGAACAUCUCCUCCAUGUCCUUACUGGCCCCGUUGGUAGAAACAGUAAAUGUGAGGAGUCCUGAGGUCUUUGCUUCCUUGCCUAGUCUGGAGAUAAAAGAUAGCAGUGCAAGUGAUGAAAGCCCAAAGCCUGGGAAAUUCCAAAGGGCUCGUGUCCCAAGAGCCGAGUCUGAGGAUAGCAUCGGCUCUGGAGACCGCGACCUUCUCUAUAGCAUCGAUGCCUAUCGUUCUCAGAGGUUCAAAGGGACUGAGCGCCCGUCGAUAAAGCAGGUGAUCGUUCGCAGAGAAGACGUCUCCUCAAAACUGGAAGAGAGGAAGACUGAGUCCCCCUGCCACGUGAAUAUCAAGCAGAAGAUCCAGGAGCUGAGCAAUGACAUCAAUUUGCAGCAGACCGUCAUCUACCAGGCCAGCCAGGCUCUGAAUUGUUGUGUUGACGGGGAGCAUGGGAAGGGCUCCCUGGAAGAGGCUGAGGCUGAGAGACUCCUCCUGAUAGCAACCGAGAAGAGGGCAGCUUUGAUCGAAGAGCUAACGAAGCUGAAGGCAGAGGGGCCUCAGCGCCGGCCCCGAGCCGGCCCCGCAUCCAGCAAGCUGGCUCCGUCGCGGGGCUCCAUCUCGCUCUCGGAGUUCCGGCUGCCUCUGAAAGCCGACUUUGUCUGUGACCCAGCUCAGAGAGCAGAAGCAACGAAUUACUACUUAAUUAUGCUGAAAGCAGGCGCCGAGAAUAUGGUUGCAACGCCUUUGGCGAGCACGGCGGACUCCCUCACUGGAGAUGCUCUGACGUUCACCACCACGUUUACUCUGCAAGACGUGUCCAAUGACUUUGAGAUCAGUGUUGAAGUUUACAGCUUGGUACAAAAGAGAGCUUCCUCGGGGCCUGACAAGAAGAGGAAGACGUCCAAGUCCAAGGCCAUCACUCCGAAGCGACUCUUGACGUCCAUCACCACUAAAAGCAGUCUCCAUUCUUCAGUGACGGCCAGCCCGGGGGGCCUCCACGCCGUGCGCACCAGCAACUUUGUGCUAGUUGGGUCUCAUGCCCUCUCGCUGUCUUCCAUAGGAAGCACCAAAUUUGCUUUGGACAAGGUACCUUUCUUAUGUCCUUUGGAAGGUCAUAUUUAUUUAAAAAUAAAGUGCCAGGUGAACUCAUUUGUGGAAGAAAAGGGCUUUCUGACCAUCUUUGAGGACGUCAGCGGGUUUGGAGCCUGGCACCGGCGCUGGUGCGUUCUCUCUGGAAACUGCAUCUCCUACUGGACGUACCCAGAUGACGAGAAGCGAAAGACCCCCAUAGGGAGGAUAAACCUGGCCAACUGUACCAGCCGUCAGAUUGAGCCGGCCAACCGAGAAUUCUGUGCCCGCCGAAACACGUUUGAGUUGAUUACUGUCCGGCCGCAGCAGGAGGAUGACAGAGAGACCCUGGUCAGUCAGUGCAGAGACACGCUCUGUGUCACCAAGAAUUGGCUGUCCGCCGAUACUAAAGAAGAGCGGGACCUGUGGAUGCAGAAACUGAACCAGGUGCUUGUGGACAUUCGCCUCUGGCAGCCAGACGCCUGCUACAAGCCUGUGGGGAAGGCCUGAGCCCGGGCAGGCGGGCAGUCUGGCUCUUGGUGCCGUCAGAGGGGCGCUUGCUUGGGUCUUGGGCUUCGGCACCAAUGGCACAUGGGUCUCGACUUUGCUAUUGCUCUUGUGUCUGUGCAGACCUUUCACUACUAACCUCUCUUGGCGCCCACAGCCAGCGGGGGAGCCAGCUUGGCACAGAGCAUUGUGCCCCAGCUUUCUGAUCUCCUUCUGGUCAGUCCUUGUGAUUUUUCGUAAGUCUGGUUUGCAAGUGAACAUGUUGGACUCUCCUCUUUGCAGUGUUGGGGGACGGGUGGUGCUGCAGGAUAGAGAAGACGACCCUGAAGGCCUUAGGGAGCCUCUGCUUAACCUCCUUGCUGUGGCCAGAGAGCAGGGAAGGCUGUUUCAGCAAGGCUUGGUUUGCAUCAAGAUUUUACUAAGGGAUUUAGGACUUUUCUCCACAAUACUCCUCCUAGCACUGUGCCUCUUCCCUGCCAGAGGGGUAACGCAGAAGGAUUCAGAUGAAGCAUGUAGGAGGUGGCGGGCCGAGCAUGUUUAUGGUCACUGGCCUCUUGCAGGCCGGAGGCCAGCUGCUUGUGUCCUUCUGAAAUAGCUUGUAGAUUUUGCACACGCUCCUGGCCCCCAGCUGCCCUGGGAUGAGACAUUGCAGGGAUUGUUGUGAAAUUUUGAUAGAAAGUAAAUAAUUUUUCCAAAGCUGCUAUGGACUAAUGCUUUCCUUGCCAAAGGUUUGUUUUCUUUUUGUAGCCUGAAGUGGCAGCGUCUACAUGCAUUUAAAAAUGAUUUGUCAGAGAAACUUCAGGCCUUGUGCAGCAGGGGCAUUCAGCUGGGCACCAUUUUAAAUAAUUUCUCUGAAUCUUAAAGCUGUCGGUUCUCAUGUAAAAACACUAAUUUCAGUCAUUGUGUUCUUGUUAUAUGAUAUUUUUUCUUUGGAAAUCUAGUUUUUCUCAAAUAUAUAUCCUAAAACUAUAUUUUAUGUAUUUACCCAA